AUGGCCAUAGAAACUGAAGAAGAGGCCAUCUCUGAGUUCCUGGAGGCAUUAGAAGAAGAACCACAGCAGCCCGAUCCAAAACAAAAGAAGCCAAAGUUCAAAAGUGAAGAGGUUGCUGAAACACCUACACCACGACGUGGCACUUGUCUGGCAAUGACGUGGCCCUUGUCUGAACAAAAAGUGCCUGAGCCCGUUCUGGGUAUUCCGAUUAAUACCCCUUUUAUUGAGUCGCUUGCAAAAAUCCCAGAAUACGCGAAGUCCUUACCAGACCUGUUAGCCACUCGGCAACAACUGAAGAAAUGUUCUAUGGUGAUUCUAAGUGAGCAAAGCUCAAGAGCUGUGUUGGGAGAGAUACCUAAGAAGAUGAGAGAUCUUGGACGCCUCACUCUUCCGUGUGAGUUUGGAAACAACAUGAAGGUUGAUGCUUUAGCCAAUUAUGGGGCUAGAAUUAAUUUGAUGCCUUAUUCAUUCUAUCAGAAGUUGGAUAUUCAGAAGUUGAAGGUUACACGAAUGACUAUUCACAUGGUGAACCGUUAA